AUGUCCCGGCUCUGCGCCCCUCGAGCAGCCCGGCUCCACCUUAACCGGAGCGGCCGCUCCGCUCUGCCCGCGCCCGGGCGGCUCCGGGGGAGCGCAGGGGCGUUUAUCUCUCCCGGGAUCAGCCAAUAUUUGUGGCCACGUCAGGAGAACGAGCCCAUCCUCGCUCCGUGCUCCCUCUCACUCCAGCUCUGCCUCCCUGCUCCGCUCUCCGGCCCCGGCGCCUCCGCUGCCUCAUCCCCUUCUGCUCCUCGGACGCUGCAGAUGACGGUCACCGCGGCUCUCCUGCUCCUCAGCCUCCUCCGGAUGGCGGCUGCCAAGGGUUCCUGGUGCCCGGCCUGCGGAGUGGCCGCGCUGGCCCCCGGAACGCAGCGGGACGCGCUCCUGGCCCUGGCCAAGCAGAGCAUCCUGGCCAAGCUCCGCUUGCCCGCCAGGCCCGAGGUCCCGCAGCCCCCGGGCCGGGGGGCUCUGCUGACCGCGCUCCGCGGGAUGCGGGAGCGACGCUCGGACGCUGCCGCCGCCUUCCCGGGGAUGCUCCGCGUCCCACCCCGGCCCGGGAUGGGGCUGCAGGAAUACGAGAUCCUGAGCUUCGCUGAGCCGGAAUCCUCCACUUCCCGCAGCGUCCGCCUGCAUUUCCGCUUCUCCCAGGAGCUGGCCGGGAGCACCGAGAUCCUUCAGGCCACCCUCUACCUGUUCCGGGCGGGCGCCGGGCGCGGGGCACUGCCCGUCACCGUCAGGUUCCUGCAGCCGGACGCGGCCGGCGAGACGCGGCUGGAGGCGCGGAGAUCCGGCUGGGCCGCGCUGGACGUCGGAGCAGCGGUGCGGAGCCUCUUCGGACAAGAGACCCCGCGGCUCACGGUGGAACUGGAGGUGCCGGAGGACUGGGGGUCCCCUCUCCCAUCCAACCGUAGCGACUCCCGUUGGCCGUUCGUGGCCGUCCAAGCCCGGGCCAGGAAACCUCACCGCGUCCGCCGCCGCGGCGUGGAUUGCGGAGCCGACUCGAGGACGUGCUGCCGCCAGGAGUUCUUCGUGGACUUCAAGGAGAUCGGCUGGGAGGAUUGGAUCAUCCAGCCCGAGGGUUACCACAUGAAUUACUGCGCGGGGCUGUGCCCGCUGCACGUGGCCGGCAUUCCCGGCCUCGCCGCCUCCUUCCACACCGCCGUCCUCAACCGCAUCAAGGCGGCCAGCGCGGCGGCCGCCGUGGAUUCCUGCUGCGUUCCCACGCAGCGCAGGCCCCUCUCCCUGCUCUACUACGACCGCGACAGCAACAUCGUCAAGACCGACAUCCCCGACAUGAUCGUGGAUUCCUGCGGCUGCGCCUGA